AUGCGAGUUCAGGUUCCUCAUGAAGACCCUUUGGUUGUUAGCUUGAUAGUCACCGAAUGCCUGGUGCGAAGAGUGCUAAUUGAUCCAGGGAGCAGUGCGAAUGUUAUGCCAAGGGUCAUUUUCGAUCAACUAGAGAUCAAGCCGGAGGCACUUAAAUGUACUGGAAAUCCGUUGUUGGGAUUCAAUGGAAAACGAGUUGAACCAAUCAACACAGUAGAAUUGCUUGUCCGAGCUACCGAGAAGGAACUUGUUGAAAGCUUUGUAGUAGUUGAAAUCCAUCCAUCGUACAAUCCGCUAAUGGGAAGAGGGUGGACUCAUAGGGUCCAAGGAGUCCCAUCGACCCUGCACCAGGUAAUGCGAUGUUUGAGCCCAGAGGGUAGCAAGGUGAUUGAUAUCUAUGGGGAUUAA